GCUUACGCGAUCCUGGGCAUAUGAACUAGCGCUCUGAGCUCUAAGAAUGUUAAGCGCGCUCGCCUACCAGAUUAAGGACAGAUCAAUUCACCAACGUCAAAUCCGGCACCUCCCGGUUUCAUCGGGCAAUAUUGAGAUCUAACAUCGUGAAGAGAACAAGGUCACAGGAGUGGCAUUAACGGCUCUUGACGAGUUAUUUAGAUUCUUCAGUGCCACGCAUGUCAUUUUUUGGGUUCGACACGACACUAGAUCGAGAGUUGCACAAACCGUCACAAGAUGAAGACAUCGCCGUAUACACCUUCGGUGAAGAAGGCUACGAAGGGCUCGCAGAUGCCCUUGAUGAAGGCUUGGAUGAACGUAAUGAUGAAACCUUUGGUGGGGAUGCUGGCGAAUUAACAACCGAAUUUGACUUUACUGCCCGAACUUUGCCCGAAAAUGACUUAGCAAAGAGGCGAAGGUCAUCAAAAGCUUCACAGCAUGUAUUUGUCGAAAGCACAAAACUUUCAGGUUCCGGUGUUCUUGGUAGCGCUUCUUCGAACGCCGCCCCAAGAUUUGCUGCGCAACAACCUCUAGAGGCGGUAUGGAAUAACCAAGCGUCUCCUCGCAUUUUGUCGAACGAACGCAUUACGUUAUCAGGGUCGCUCCAACCCCCAGCUGCAGGUCCCGCACCAGCCAUCCCUCGAACGUAUACCCCGUUGAACGGCUCGACUACACUCCAGCGUCAGGGUCAACCACUUCCACCUCAACCAGGCCCCAAAAUACGGACACUAGCAGAGAUUGAAGCGGAACAACGUGCAGCGGCGCAGCUUGCACGGCUGUCUCUAUCUGCCUCCCCUCAAGUCGAACAUCAAAGUCCUCGAAUCUCGCGUGGGACUCCCCCUCACCAGCAGGAAUACCAUUCCUCGCCGCUUGCCCAACACGCGUUACCGAAUAUUGAUUGGGAAAGCGAGCGGGAAAUGCUGCCCAAUUUCUCGCUGCAGCAGCAAUUACGCCAGCAAUCGAUAGGCCAGGACCAUCAACAGCAGCAGCUCCUUGCUCUGCAGCAGCAACGGACACUGACCCAACAGCAGAACCACCUCGCGCAUCAAAUGCUGCAACACCAACGUGAGAUCGAGAUUGCCCAGCAGUUGCAAAGAAUACGUGAACAGCAGGAACGUGAGCUUCUAUUGCAGCAACAGUUGCUCCAACAGCAACAGCGUUCCAACAUCUCCAUCUCGCAACAGCACCAGUUCCUUCAACAGCAGUUUCACUCAGCUCAGGCGAGCUUCCCACACUCGACAGGUUACCCAAAUUUGGAUCGUUCAUAUGACGCUGCCGAUGGCGUUGGACUGUCAUUAACGGCAGCACAACGGGAUGCCUUGAUGCUUGAAGCGACAGAGAAAAUUUAUGAGGCGGAGCGGCACGAGGAAAAACGUCGAAGGCGGAUGUUCAAAUUAGCGCAGAUGUCUAGAUACAAUGACCUUAUGACGCAAUCGGACAAAGACUUUAUCACCCGAAUACAGGUGUCUCAGCUGAUUUCCGCAGAUCCUUAUGGAAGUGAUUUUUAUGCCCAAGUAUUCGGUACCGUUCAACGUACGCAUUUGGGAACCGGGGAGAAUGAUGCGGCUAUUAUCAAUUUUGGGAACUUCGGCGGUAUCGGUGUCGGGCUGCCACCUGGCCACAAAGGUGCUGGACGCAGGGAAAGCGCGCUGAAUAAGAUGGUACAUCAAAUUGAGCGUAUCGUGAAGAAUCAACGGAAUCGUGCGCCUCAAUCCCAGGCUCAUCUGCAGGGCGCCCUUGGGAAGAUGGCGGGGAGGAGCUACAAAGCUGCACCUCGUCAGCUGCUUCAGAUUGAUGGGACUGCUGAUGCUCAUGGACAAAACGCUGCGAAGGAGGCAGCAAAGCAAGGUCGGGAAGCGCUUGCUGAUGCUUCAGGGACUCAACUUGUCCGAAGAGAGCCCCUCAGCAGGCGUGAGGCUUUGGUUGCAGCGGAAAAGCUCUACAGCUUAAUCAUCAAACUGGAGCAACUCCAUAGAAUUCGAGAUAAAGCGCCUCCGGAUUUAGAUUUGGUAACAUGGAACGAGGACUUCACAGCACUAGUCGAGGAAUUAUGGGUUGAAUCGCAAAUCAUGGCCCCAUUAGAAACAAGCAAUCCGCAUCCUUUCAUAUCACUUCUUGGCCUUGGGAAAGGAAAACGAUUGCUACCCAGGUUGUUACGGCAGGUGGAUGAGAAACGACAGAAUCUUUUCUUCACUCUCCUCGUCGCUUGUUAUACGCAACUCGACGUCGUCCGUGAAGCCCUCCUCCUUGAUCAACUCCAAAAUACCCCUCAAAAGAGGGAGGCGGAAAUUCAGAAUGAAUUAUUCUUUUCUACGAUUUUUCAGGCUGGGAUGCAUGUCGUGCGGUCAUCUCCUCUACGUUUCGUUACUGGCAUGCUUGGAUUGUUGCUGGAAUCAGGCAGCAUAGUCGGACUAGCACGAACACGGGCUGGGCUAGGCCUUCUAACGAUGCUUCUAAGCCGUGCUGGUGAUCUUAAACAGAUCCCCCAAAAUACUCCGGACGCCCCAACUCCGGAAGAGCUUGCCCAAUGGCAAAUUAUAUUCAACCACCUCAUCCAAUAUCUCUACGGAAACCUCCUAUCCUUAUUCCCCUCCAUUCGCAUUGCCGCCUCGGUCCCCCCUACUCUAACGCAGCAAAUACGUUCAACCUCCUGGAUCGAAGUGGCCGACCAAACAGUAUGGCAUUUCCUUGCUACGCUGGCUGUUUGUUCUAGUUCAGAACAGCAGCAGCAUGUAGUAGCGGAAGUGCGAGAAAAAGUAUUACAGAAUGUUGUGAGUGCGACGAAGGGAUGGGUAGACGAAGAGAGCGAACGGAAGGCGAAGCUGGAUAAUGUGAACUUGUUUUUGCAUGCGCUUGGCCUUGAUAGUUCCCAGAUUACGGUAUAAUUGAGUUCGCUUCUAGUUUUGGCUCUUGUUGGCAGGGUUAGUGACGAAAAUUCACGCCUUGGUUGUGCAUGAGCGGUCAUUCGUUGGUUUUACAUGCUUGAUGAUGAUCGGUUUGUCCUCUAUGGAUUCUAUUAUAGUCAGUGCUUUCUCGCGGUUUAUAUGACAGAGCAGGCAAUGGGAUGCAUGUGCGGGGACACUGUUGGGCGAAUGCUUCAUCAGUGCAUCGCUCUCACAUAAGAUCAUAUCUAAGGUCCGAAGUGGAACAUGGUAUCGCUAGGACUGCAAACCAGGCACUUAGGAUCCC